AUGUUUGGAAUGGAAAACACCGACUUCCACUCUGGAAUCUUGAUUUCUAGAUCUGUGAGAUCACAUUUUGCUUGUUUGACCUUAAUACCAUGUGAUAUCCCGGACAUAGCUAAAACAGACAAAUCUGAAUACACUUUGAUUCGAUUGCAGUUUUACAAUCAUAUCAAGGAAUUGCGAGCAUUCUUUCGAAGAGGUUAUAAGCUCGGCGAUAAAAUCGAAAUCAGGAACUUUAGAUGGGAGAACAUUGGAGACAAUGAGCAACAGACGUCGUGGACAAAACCAAGAAUAGUCGUCGAUUUCAACUCAAUCGAAGAUGUCAAUAAUCAUGUAACCGUGCGCCACAGCCAAUACUGGAAUAUGCAACAGUGUCAGGCAUGGAAAAAUCAUUUGUAUCCAAAAUUGAAUAAGAAUAAAGUCCAAAAAGAGCAAUUGGAAAUUUCGGAAACAAAGGCAGAAGGGAGCUGCGAUGACUGUAGGCACCAUGGCAGUGGUCUGGCAAAAAGAUUUCAAGCAUCCAUAGUUGCUUCGUUUCUUAUCCACGCUACGAUGUUCAAACUUUCCCACUCGGAAGACAAGUACUGGCCAGGAAACAUUGUUCCAGAACCAAAUGAAUGGAAAGAGGUAUUUGGUGACGAAAAACACCAAGGAUUGAAGCAGAAAGCAUUAAACUAUUUGAAUUCAGGAGCUGGUGUUGUCGAUGCCGCAGGGGGCUCAGGUCAUGUGUCAAUGGCUCUUGGGAUGGAAGGUAUCAAGAGUACUGUUGUAGAUUCUAGAAGUGCCGUUGGUAAGCUACCAGGACGGGACAGAAAAAUCUGGAACAAAGCCUUGAAGAAGAAGAAAGUCACCACAGAGGUAGAGGUACCUGGGUUGAACUAUUGCCAAGUCAUUCCUUUUGAUAGCCACAGGGCAUGGUUUGGCUCCCGUCCAGAGGGCGUUGACAAGUCGUUUCGACACCCUGAUGAAGAUGAUAUCCUUCUUUGCGACAAGGAUUCGGAAUUGGUGAAAAACGCGAGCGCAAUCGUUGCCCUUCACCCCGACGAAGCCACGGGCGAUGUCGUAGAGAUAGCUGCUGAGAAGAGAAUCCCUUUCGCUGUGGUUCCUUGUUGUGUUUUCUGUAGAUUAUUUCCACAGAGGCGAAAGUCAAAUGAUCAAGCUGUUAGUUCGUAUGAAGACCUGCUGGAAUACUUAAUGAAUAUUGAUUCCAGCAUUCGACAGUCAAAGCUUCCGUUUUAA